UCUUGGAUAACCAAGAAAGACAAGGACAUAAAUAUCUUCCUAAACUAAACCACCAAAAGUUAUAUACUGGAAUUGCUGGAUGACGUGGAGACGGCAUUUUAUUUUAUCGCGUCUCUUCUUGUCAACAUAUUUCUAUUUGAGCAGCAUUACGGAGAAUUUAACCUCACAUUUUACAUACUUUGAAGGCGUAUUUAUAUGAAGUGAAGUGAGCCAUGUCUUAUCUCACGUUGAAAUCUCUGUUAAACUUUAGCCAGAUCUAGAACUUAAAUAUGUAUCAUAAACUCCCCAUCUUCUUCACCAUUAAAUACAAAUCUUAAUCCCAUCAUCUUGUUGCUUGUGUGUGCAUGCAUGCAGCCCGACGACGUCGAGUCGUACUUACUUAUUUUUUUAAUACUGCUCGUUAUUUUAGUAGUUUAGUGGUCUGUCUGUGGUUUGGUUUGGUUUGCUGCUUUGUGUUUAGUAGUUGUAGCUAAAUAAACAGCUGCUAGUUCAUUAAAUAAGUAGGAAACGUUGCUAAAUGUGCAAUUGUUGGAAUAAAAUACUGCUUUGUUGCUGCACUUCAGCCUUGAUUGCACACGUAGUAAUUGAAUUGAGUUCUACUUUAAAUAAGGAGACUGAUGAGAUUAUAUUUACUGGCUGUAUCGAUUCUUGAGUAUACUUAUCAAUUAGUGGGUGCAUAAAGGAUAAGGAAAUAGGGUACGGUUUUGUGGGGUCGAGAUGUGCUGGUACUGCUGCAUCUCGUUAAGGGGAGCGGUUUAUUUUGGGACGAGUGUGCAUAUAUUUGUGGGGCUGGUGCUGCUGGUACGAUGGAUUGUGGUGUCAUAUAUUGCAGCGUUUGUAACUGGAAAGAUAUUCGAAGAGACAAGUUUGCUGAUUUUGACGGUAUUAUCUGGCGUCUAUCUGAUUGUGUUUAUUACGUUGGGGUGCUUCAUAUUUGCAGGGACUGAAAAACAAAGUGUUUCAAUUCUGAAAUGGUCCUCAACUGGGUUUACAGUUCUCCAAGUCCUUCUCUUCACUUUGGUCCUCGUUCUCUACAUAAUCGCUCCGGAGGGUUGGUCAUUUCUCCCAUUCUUGGAACCAGACACCCCCACAAUGCAGAUUCUGGCUAUUGUAAUGUAUUUUUGCUGUCUUAUCGCCACCCUCAACUACGUUCUCGUCCUUAUUCUGUACACUCGCAAGUUGUGGAGUGUAAAACGUGCUGGCACUUCUUCUUCUGGAUGUCGUGGAGGCGUUGGGAGGUCAUCAUCUCUCACCAAUAUGCAAAUCUCUCACCCAAUUCCACACCAUCAAACGGCACUUGUUCCUGUAACGGCGACUAAUUCUACACUCAAUACGACGACUGGAUCUAGUUCUUCAAACACACCAAGCUAUUAUCCAUCACGAAUUCAGCGAGGGAACAAUGGGAGAAAUAGUGGACCCAUGUUGCACAAUCACAACCAUCACCAUCACCACCAGGGUCCAGAGUCGCCUGGAAUUUAUGAAAGUUUGGAUGCAGCCACAGUCAGUGCACCAGCACAUUUCUACCCAGCCAAUUUUUACGCAGGAUACAACGGUGCUCGAGUAAAUAGUACACCGCAACCAGAGGGAAUCUAUAAUGGGAGUGCAUCCAUUCGAAGCAGCAGUGGUGGGAGUGGAAUUUAUUACCACAAUCGCCCAUAUCCGUACCCCCAUCAACGGUAUCGAGACCCAGUCAUUCCUUCCACGACAGCGGCAUCAAUUGCAAGUAACUCCACUCUGAGGGAAGAGUCUGAAACGCCUGGUCAGGAUUGGAUGGGUGCAUAUGGUCACCGGCUCCAAGUCUUUCAACGGGGUCAGCAAGAACGCAACUCGGCAACGAUGGAACCACUUCUGCAACGGCAGCAACAAACCACGAACUACUGAACACAACGAUACAAUCCACUAACUAUUUCGCUGAUACUUUUGACAAUCAGUCAUGACGAGACAUUUAGUGUUUAUUCUCAACGGACGAAAAUCAUUAUUAUUUAAAAUUAAUUGAUAUUUUAUUAUUUGCGAUCUUAUAUUCAGAGGUCUGAACAAUUUCUUCUACUACUUUUUGCCAUAUCUCUCUAAAAAUGAUAUUAUAAUUGUUAAUAUUACCAACCAUAAUUAUUAUUUUCCUGCAUUGUUGAAUCAGUUAUUGUUAUUAUUUAUUGACUAGAAUUGUCUCUUCUCGCCAUUUUUGUUCAUUAAUUUAAUUUAUCCAAUCAGACUUAUUUAUAGAAUUAGUCAGAGUGAUAUAAGUCAUGAUACGAUACGUAAUAGAUUAAGAAGAAAUCAAUCGGAGCUGUUCAUUGACUACAAAGUUACCAUUGUUAAAUCUAAUCGAUACAUUAAUUAUACAAUAAUAUAUGCGCUUAUACCCUUGUGCAGUUCAAUAAUCAGAAAAAAGUUGUGACAAUCCACUGAAUUUACAGAGCUAUUUAAAAUAUAAAUAUCAACUGUUGUGAAUAUAAUUGAGGCUGCUCAGAUGAAUAUAUUUUGUGAUUAAGAUGUGAACAAUGUGAGUAUGACUGCAUUCCGUCUUCCUGUAAUUUAACAAGAAUUAAUUACUAAUCUGAUUAUAGUCAACGUAGGCUAAUUUAGUUGUAAAAUUAUUCAGGAGUCCAACAUUAUAUUUAAGAUUGAUCCAUUUGUAUGUUCCACAAAGUAUGCCCUGAGUUGUUUCUUUAAUACAGUUUUUGUUAUUUAUCUAUAUUUGGAUACAUUGUUGUUGAAUGAUUGGUUUCGGGCGGAGAAUAUUGUACAAUAAAAUUAAUUACAAUCAUUACAAAUAA